UAUCAACUCUUAUUUUAUUACACACAAGAAAAGAAAAUAUAUUCCCUACGUAGGAAGUAGACUAAAGGGAAUAACAAGCUUCUUUGCACUUGUGUUACGCAUUUCUGUUAUUAGCAAUACAGUGGAUUGCAGAUUGCUCUCCUCAUACCAAUCUCAUCGAAUAGAACCGUGUCCUUCACCUUCAGAAGAAAAAGUCAAAGCUGUGCAAAUCUUAAGUGAAACAGAAUAUUAAGCAACCUGCAAGCACCAUGUCUAUGAAGAAUGUUGAUCCUGCAUUUCAAGGAGCUGGUCAGAAAGUCGGCAUGGAUAUAUGGAAAAUAGAAAAUUUGCAUCCAGUUGCAAUACCAAAAUCAGAGUAUGGUAAAUUUUACUCUAAAGACUCUUACAUAGUUUUGCAGACAGGGGCAUCAACAAGUGGGAAUCGUCACUAUGACAUAUUCUUUUGGAUUGGGAAAGACAGUAGCCAGGAUGUAGCCAACACAGCUAGCAAAAAAGCAAUUGAACUUGAUGCAGCUUUAGGGGGACGAACAGUGCAAUAUAGGGAACUAGAUGGCUACGAGAGUGAUAAAUUUUUGUCAUUUUUCAAGCCAUGCUUUAUACCCUUGGAAGGAUCCAUGCUUUCUGGAGAUAAAAUGAUAAACACAGGAAAAUUUGAACCAAGUCUAUAUUUAUGUAAAGGCAGGCGUCUUGUACGAGUGAAGCAGGUCCCUUUUGCUCGUUCUUCGCUAAACCAUGAUGAUGUUUUUGUUCUUGACACGGAAUCGAAGAUCUAUCAAUUCAAUGGAGCAACAUCGAACAUUCAAGAACGGGCAAAGGCCUUGGAUGUCAUACAGUACAUAAAACAUAAAAAUCAUGAAGGGAAGUGUCAAAUUGCAGUAAUUGAGGAUGGGAAGCUCGUAGCAGAAGCUGACUCUGGUGAAUUCUGGGCUUUGUUUGGGGGAUUUGCUCCAAUUGGUAAGAAGAGUAACACUGAAGACAGUCCACAAUUAGAGACAUCAUUGAUAAAACUUUACAUUAUUAUGGAUGCACAGCUACAGGCCAUGGAUGGGCCCUUGUCUAAGUCAAUAUUGGAAUCAAAUAAAUGUUACGUACUUGAUUGUGGAUCUGAAAUCUAUAUAUGGGUUGGUCGAGUAACUCAAUUGGAAGAUAGAAAAGCUGCAAGCUUAGCUGCAGAGGAAUUUGUUUCAAGUCAGAAUAGGGCCAAGUGGACACAUUUGGUACGAGUCAUUCAAGGAUUUGAAACACUAGAUUUUAAAGCUAAUUUUGAGUCCUGGCCAGUGGGCAGUGGAACUUCUGGCUCCGAAGAUGGGAAAGGAAAAGUUGCUUCUCUACUUAAAAAGCAAGGAGUUAGUGUUAAAGGUGUCUUGAAGGCAGCUUCAGGGAAAGAUGAAAGUCCACCUUUGCUUGAAGGAGGAGGGAAGCUAGAGGUAUGGUGGGUCAACAACAAUGUUAAGACUCCUAUUCCAAAAGAGGACGUUGGAAAGUUUUAUAGUCAAGGCUGUUACAUCAUUUUGUAUACUUACCACAAAGAAGAUCGUAGGGAGGACUAUUUUCUUUGCUCAUGGCUUGGGCAGCAAAGUACAGAGGAGGAUAAAAGAGCAGCUGUUCAACAAACAAACUUGAUCGCUAAUUCUUUGAAAGGAAGACCAGUACAGGGUCUCAUUGUUCAAGGAAAAGAACCAGCCCAGUUUAUUGCUCUCUUUCCAAGCAUGGUCAUCCUAAAUGGCCAAAUGAAUGUUGGAAAUAAAAAGGACAAUCUAGAGAAUGAUUUGACAGAUGAGACAAGUAGCGGGGAUUAUGUUAUGCUGCUUCAACUUUAUGGUACAGAACCCCACAACAGUAAAGCAAUUCAAGUUAAUCCGGUGGCAACCUCUUUGGAUUCCACACGUUGCUUCUUGUUACAAAGUGGAACAUCAUUUUUCACUUGGCAUGGUAACUCUACAACAAUUGAGCAGCAAAAAGCAGCAGCCAGACUUCCUGAAUUCCUAAAACCUGGAACUAGUUCAAAAGCUGUAAAAGAAGGUACAGAACCAGCAGCCUUUUGGAAUGCACUGGGUGGAAGGCAGAGCUAUGUAAGCCAGAAGGAAUCCCAAGAAACCAGUGGAGAUCCUCAUUUAUAUGCUUGUGAAUUUGACAAGGGUUCGUUUCAGCUUUUAGAAGUCUUCAACUUCAGUCAAGAUGACCUACUAACAGAGGAUAUCAUGGUACUGGAUAUACAUAGUGAAGUUUUUGUCUGGAUUGGUCAGCAUGUAGAGGCUAAAUUGAAGCAACAAGGUUUUGAGAUUGGCAAGAAAUACAUGGAGCGUGCAGCCUUAUUUGAAGGGUUAUCUCAAGAUACUCCACUUUACAAAGUAACUGAAGGAAAUGAACCAUCUUUCUUCACUAGGUAUUUUGCAUGGGAUGCUGCGAAAGCUGUGAUACAGGGAAAUUCAUUUGAAAAGAAGCUUUCAAUUCUUCAAGGAAAACCUGCUCAGACUGUUGAGAAAUUACAAAACCGACUUUCUAAUAUCACUUCUGGAUCCGAUGGAAGUCCGGAGCAGAUUUCAGACAAUUCAAAUGGAGUUAGAAAAGGUGUUGCAACACAAAAAUCAGCUGCACUGGCUGCUCUGUCUUCUGCUUUUACAUCAACUAAUAGAGAGAAAAAUUUAACUAAAGUGACCAGAGCAUCCUUCAAGCCUCAAAGUUCAGCUGCUACUGGAGCAUCUCCUAUGACCUUAAGUGUUCAACUAGAAAUCAAUUCACCAGCAAACCCAACUGCCGAAGUUGCAGAUGAAAAAGUUUCUGUGACAAUUUCAGAGAAGGUUGAAACAAGCAUUACAGAGGAUGCUGAAAGUAAGCUGACUGACAGUGAAGGAUCAGCCACAGAAAAUGGCACAAAAUUGAAAGGGUCUGUUUCAGAUGCUCAUGUACAAGGAAUAUCUAAGGAUGCUGAAACUAAGCCUGAGGAAGAUGGAUUUUCUGGCACAUACAGCUAUGAAAGGUUGAAAUCCAAGUCUACAAAUCCAGCACCAGGAGUCAAUCCCAGAAAAAGAGAGUCAUAUUUGACACCUGAGGAGUUUCAGAAGAUAUUUAAGAUGGACCAGAAAACAUUCUAUGAGCAGCCCAAGUGGAAGCAACAAAGGCAAAAGAAGGCAGUUGAUCUUUUUUAACUGACAGAAUUAAUGCUCUUAGAAAUUACUUCAUCCUUACUGAAAAUCUUCUUUAUCUUAUAUUUUCAGAAGGACAUAAGUUUUGUAGGGCUUUCUAGGAUGUGGUUUGAAGUGUUGAUUCUGGUGAGUAUUAUUGCCAAUAGUGAGAUUAAUUGCAUUGCCAAAAUAUUCUUUGAAUUGUAUUUUACACCAUUCUGAUCGCCUAAGGCCCUAAAGCAUAGAAAAAAAGGGCAGUUAUUUUCUGCUAUAUAUUUUACUCUUUUUUUUUUCCAGUGGUUAGCUUUUGUGCCUAUUUAUUAAAGGCUCCAAACUUGACCAGCAAAGAAAAUGCCUAUUUGUGCUCUUGAUUAUUGCUGGGAUGGAAAGCAAAAUUGUUAAGCCCAUUUAAGAAUAAAUUCAUACAUCUCAGGUUGUAAUUUCA